CUAAGGAUCGUAUCAGAAUGAAAUGGCAGGCAGUGUAAUGAAUAGAUUAAGUUUGGCUGUUCAAAAAUUUGAACAGGCGAUCCAAACAAUUUUUGGUCGAGGUUUUCCACCAGGACCACUAUGUGUAAUUGAUUGCAACAAUUUUCCGACGAGCGAACCGAAGCUGGUUGUUAAUCAUUUGGGUAGCCAAACUCUGAAAGAAAUUUUCAACAAUGCUAUUUUAUGGGCAGUUCCAACUAAACGGCGUACUAUAGAAAAGAGACUGAAAAGAAGAUUUGGAAUAAAAGAAUAUGUAUGGAAGCCACAUGUUGCAAAAACUAAUAUAUUAAUGUGUCCUAAUUGCAGUCACAAUUAUGAAGCUAACCGUCUAUGUGGACAUUGUUAUGAAAAAGUAAAACUUGAGACUAAAGAGAUGCAAGAUGCUAUUCAAAAAGAAUUAGGUUUAAGUCCAGUAGAAGAAAAUGUAAUUGUACUGUAUGAUGGAGAAAAAGAUGAUAAAAAUGAUGAAUUUUGGAAGAAUCAAAGAAUAGUCGAGAUGCCAAAGAAGAGACCUUCAUGGUUUCACCAAAAUUUACUUGAGCCAACAACGCAGGAACCAUCUGAUAAAAAAGAUGUUAAACCUACUCAUCUUGCAUAAAACAUGCUUAAAAAUAGAUUUCAACAUCUUGCAGUCAAAAGCUGAGAUAUACCUGUCGAAAAGGUGAAGUAUUCGACAUUUUUGGAAAUAAAAAAUAUUGGAAUAUUUUACUUUGUAGGUAGUAUGUUUCAAUGAAUAAUUAAAUACAAUAUA